UUAUAUAGGAAUGUGAUGUUAGAGAACUACAGAAACCUGGUCUUCCUGGGUAUUGCUGUCCCUAAGCCAGACCUGAUCAUUUUUCUGGAGCAAGGAAAAGAGCCCUGGAAUAUGAAGAAACACGAGAUGGCGGAAGAACCCCCAGUUGUAUGUUCUCAUUUUGCUCAACACCUUUGGCCAGAGCAGCGCAUAGAAGAUUCUCUCCGAAAAGUGAUAUUGAGAAGAUAUGAAAAAUGUGGAUCUGAGAAUUUACACUUAAAAAUUGGUUGUACCAAUGUGGAUGAGUAUAAGGUGCACAAAAAAGGUUAUAAUAAGCUUAACCAGAGUUUGACAACUACACAGAGCAAAGUAUUUCAAUGUGGCAAAUAUGCAAACGUCUUUCAUAAAUGUUCAAAUUCAAAAAGACAUAAGAUAAGGCAUACUGGAAAAAAGCUUUUGAAAUGUAAGGAAUAUGUCAGAUCAUUUUGCAUGCGUUCACACCUAGGUCAACAUAAAAGAAUUUAUAUUAGAGAGAAUUCCUACAAAUGUGAAGAAGAUGGCAAAGCCUUUAACUGGUCCUCAACCCUUACUUAUUAUAAGAGAAUUCAUACUGGAGAGACACCCUACAAAUAGAAACCCUACAAAUGUGAAGAAUGUGCCAAAGCCUUUAGUAAGGCCUCAACCCUGACUGUACAUAAAACAAUUCAUGCCGGAGAGAAACCCUACAAAUGUGAAGAAUGUGGCAAAGCUUUCAACCGGUCCUCAAACCUUACGGAACAUAAGAGAAUUCAUACUGGAGAGAAACCCUACAAAUGUGAAGAAUGUGACAAAGCCUAUGGUAACUUCUCAGCCCUUGCUAAACAUAAGGUAAUUCAUACUGGAGAGAAACCCUACAAAUGUGAAGAAUGUGGCAAAGCCUUCAGCUGGCCCUCAAGCCUUUUUGAACAUAAGAGAAAUCAUGCUGGAGAGAAACCCUACAAAUGUGAAGAAUGUGGCAAAGUCUUUAGCUGGUCCUCAAGGCUUGCAACACAUAAGGCAAUUCAUGCUGGAGAGAAACUCUACAAAUGUGAAGAAUGUGGCAAAGCUUUCAACUGGUCCUCAAACCUUACGGAACAUAAGAGAAUUCAUACUGGAGAGAAACCCUACAAAUGUGAAGAAUGUGGCAAAGCCUAUGGUAACUUCUCAACGCUUGCUAAACAUAAGGUAAUUCAUACUGGAGAGAAACCCUACAAAUGUGAAGAAUGUGGCAAAGCCUUCAGCUGGCCCUCAAGCCUUUUUGAACAUAAGAGAAAUCAUGCUGGAGAGAAACCCUACAAAUGUGAAGAAUGUGGCAAAGUCUUUAGCUGGUCCUCAAGGCUUGCAACACAUAAGAGAAUUCAUAUUGGAGAGAAACCCUACAAAUGUGAAGAAUGUGGCAAAGCCUUCAGUAGGGUCACAAACCUAACUAAACAUAAGGUAAUUCAUACUGGAGAGAAACCCUACAAAUGUGAAGAAUGUGGCAAAGCCUUCAUCUGGUCCUCAAGACUCACCUUUAGUAAGGCCACAACCCUUACUGCACACAAGACAGUUCAUGCUGGAGAGAAACCCUACAAAUGUGAAGAAUGUGGCAAAGCUUUCAACCGGCCCUCAAACCUUACGGAACAUAAGAGAAUUCAUACUGGAGAGAAACCCUACAAAUGUGAAGAAUGUGGCAAAGCCUAUGGUAACUUCUCAACCCUUGCUAAACAUAAGGUAAUUCAUACUGGAGAGAAACCCUACAAAUGUGAAGAAUGUGGCAAAGCCUUCAGCUGGCCCUCAAGCCUUUUUGAACAUAAGAGAAAUCAUGCUGGAGAGAAACCCUACAAAUGUGAAGAAUGUGGCAAAGUCUUUAGCUGGUCCUCAAGGCUUGCAACACAUAAGAAUUCAUACUGGAGAGAAACCCUACAAAUGUGA